AUGUCAAGACUGAGCAGCAGCUUGCCCAUCAGUUGCAUCAGGAGAGUCCGACUGGUCAAUGGAACCAAUAGCUGCUCUGGGAGAGUGGAGGUGUACCACCACGGUCAGUGGGGGACAGUGUGUGAUGAUGACUGGGACCAGUCUGAUGCUCAGGUUGUCUGCAGAGAGGUGGGCUGUGGGGAGGCUGGAGCUUCUGUAGCUCUAGGAAGUGCCAGGUUUGGAGCAGGAAGAGGCCCCAUUCUUCUGGAUAAUGUCCACUGUAGAGGGAAUGAGCCCACACUGCUGAGCUGUACAUCAAAGGGUCUGGGAAAUCACAACUGUGGUCAUUCUGAAGACGCAGGAGUAGACUGCACAGGAAGAAGAGUCCGAUUGGUCAAUGGACACAACAACUGCUCUGGGAGAGUGGAGGUCUACCACCGCGGUCAGUGGGGGACAGUGUGUGAUGAUGACUGGGACCAGUCUGAUGCUCAGGUUGUCUGCAGAGAGGUGGGCUGUGGGGAGGCUGGAACUCCUGUAGCUCUAGGAAGUGCCAGGUUUGGAGCAGGAAAUGGCCCCAUUCUUCUGGAUGAUGUCCGCUGUAGAGGGAAUGAGUCCACACUGCUGAGCUGUACAUCAAAGGGUCUGGGAAAAAACAACUGUGCUCAUUCUGAAGACGCAGGAGUUGACUGUACAGGAAUGACAGAUGUCUGGCAGACUGCAGGCAACAGGAGAGUCCGACUGGUCGACGGACCCAAUAACUGCUCUGGGAGAGUGGAGGUGUACCACCGCGGUCAGUGGGGGACAGUGUGUGAUGAUGAC